AUGGACGUAGAUGCGACAGAGUUUGCCCGGAUGACCGCUCUUCUUGGAGCGUUUGUCGUUGGCUUUGGAUUGGUUUCGCUGUUUAUCAAAGAAAAGCUAUAUCUUUCCGAAGCAGUCGUUGCGCUCACAGUUGGUAUUCUUGCUGGUGAAUAUGUUGGGCAAAUCAUAACUACCUCUGGUUGGGGAUACCUGCCGCUGCUAACGAGGGAUUUGACACGACUCGCCAUUUCUAUCCAGAUGAUGGUUGCAGCUUUGUCCCUACCAAAGGCGUACGUUGUCCGAGAAUAUAAAUCACUGUUACCACUAUUGGGUCCAGUGGUAUUAUGGAUGUGGCUUAGUAGUGCACUAUUUACAUACUGGAUAAUACCAGACAUUGAAUUUCCUGAAGCACUGUGCCUUGCUGCCUGUUUUGCUUCGACGGAUCCUGUUCUGUCUAAUUCAGUGGUGAAAGGUCGCUUUGCAGACAAACAUGUGCCACCUCAUAUCAGGAAUAUCCUGUCCGCUGAAAGUGGUGCAAAUGAUGGUAUGGCGCUCCUGUUUGUAAAGUUAAGCCUGCUACUGAUCGAGUCUGAAAGCAAAGGAGAAGCUAUAGCAAAAUGGAUUUAUUUGGGAUGGUUAUACGAAAUGGCCGUAUCCGUAAUCAUUGGGUUCGUCGUCGGCUAUCUUUCACGUAAGGCAUUGAGAAUUGCCACGAAAAAGAAUCUGAUUGACAAAGAAUCCAUGCUCGUAUUUGCUGUUGCACUGGCGAUAUUUAUCAUGGGCCUCACGACGACGGUUGGAGUUAAUGAUUUUUUGGCAUGCUUUGUUGCUGGGAAUGUGAUUUCAUGGGAUGACUGGUUUCGUAAAGGGACAAACGAAGCACAUUUUCAAGAAGUCAUUGACAUGUUACUUAAUCUUGCACUGUUUGUGUAUAUCGGAGCAACCUUACCGCUUCCGUCGUUUGUGGCGGCUGAACUACCAGUGCCGUGGUGGAGAUUGAUUAUCCUUGCAUUACUUAUAUUUGCUUUCCGUCGAAUACCGAUUAUUAUUGUGUUAGGGAAAUGGAUACCGGCCUUCAGGACAUAUCGUGAAGCUGCGUUUGCCGGUUUCUUUGGACCCAUUGGCGUUGGUGCUGUAUUCUACAGUUCUCUUGCUACCAUCUUUUUCGAUAAUAACAAUAUCUAUGAACGAAAUGAACGUGCACGGGACAUAGUCGGCCCGGUCGUGCAAUUUGUUGUAAUGUCCAGUGUAAUUGUCCAUGGUAUAACUUUGCCCCUUGUAAAAAUGGGAAGGCGUAUAAACAUGUCCGCUGCCAGUCUCUCUCGCCUAUCAGCCGCCAAUCUCUCCCGCAUAUCUAUAAUACAAGAGAAACUAUUAAAACAAACCAAAAACCAACAACUCAACAUUAUCGCUCAAUCUGGACUUGUCGAUAUUACAGAUGAAAAAGAACGUAGCAAUGUUGAUGGUAGUACGUCGAUAUAUUUCGCCGGCAACACUGACCAGCGACGACAAGAAUAUACUAUAUUUGAUGAAAAUGAAAAUAUUGUUAUCAGCGAUAGUACGGGUGAACAUAUAGCUGUAAUACACGUCGAUCAACCGGAUUCAGAAAAACGUGACAGCUUGCUAGCUCGUCUCGGUCAAUGGGCGUGGCAUUCGAAAGAAGGAUCAAGCUCUACAGAAGCAAGUGAGAAUUGGCAAUCAGCAAUCGAAGGCGAGAAUGAUGAGAAUGAUACGAAAUUGGAUGUUUUUGAGACGUCAAAUGGAAGUGGGGGAAAAUGA